AUGAGCUUGUCGCCGCAUUCGGAAAGUUUUUCCAGCGAAGAUGAUUUCGGCAAGACAGUGAGUUUGAGAAGAACUGAAGCACUUUCUUCUUCAGUCGUUUGUUUGCCGCCACCACCUACGGUGAAGAGAUUGACUGGAAUCGCGUUUGUCUAUGCCACAAUUGUUUCUCAUGAUGGCCGAGCCAUUACCAUAGAUGGUCACCGCCGAGUUCUCCUUUCUGGUUCUAUCCAUUAUCCUAGAAGCACUCCUGAGAUGUGGCCGGAUCUUAUCAAAAAAGGUAAAGAAGGAGGUCUUGAUGCGAUCGAAACAUAUGUCUUCUGGAAUGCGCAUGAGCCUACUCGCCGUCAAUAUGAUUUUUCUAGAAAAUUAGAUCUUAUUCGAUUCCUGAAAACCAUUCAAGAUGAAGGAUUGUAUGGUGUUCUUCGCAUAGGACCAUAUGCAUGUGCUGAGUGGAAUUACGGAGGAUUCCCAGUGUGGCUGCACAACAUGCCUGGAAUGGUGUUCAGAACUACAAACAAAGCAUUUAUGGAUGAGAUGCAAAACUUCACAACUAUGAUAGUAGACAUGGUCAAGAAAGAAAAUUUAUUUGCAUCACAAGGAGGCCCAAUUAUUCUUGCUCAAAUAGAAAAUGAGUAUGGAAAUGUAAUGGGACCCUAUGGAGAAUCGGGUAAAGAAUACAUUAAGUGGUGUGCAAACAUGGCUCAGUCUCUUGAUGUUGGUGUUCCAUGGAUAAUGUGUCAACAAAAUGAUGCUCCUCAGCCUAUGUUGAAUACAUGUAAUGGCUUUUAUUGUGACAAUUUUGUACCAAACAAUCCCAACACUCCUAAGAUGUGGACUGAGAAUUGGACCGGAUGGUUUAAGCAAUGGGGUGGUAAAAAUCCUCAUAGAACAACCGAAGAUGUUGCAUUUUCGGUUGCAAGAUUCUUCCAAAGAGGAGGAACUUUUAAUAAUUAUUAUAUGUACCAUGGAGGCACGAACUUUGACAGAACCGCAGGUGGUCCAUACAUCACAACUUCGUAUGAUUAUGAUGCUCCCCUUGACGAAUAUGGUAAUUUGAGUCAACCAAAAUACGGGCAUUUGAAACAACUUCAUGAUGUUCUUCACUCAAUAGAGAAAACUCUCACAUACGGAAACAUCUCCACCAUUGACUUUGGAAACUCUGCAUCGGCAACAAUUUAUAAAACCGAAGAAGGAUCAAGCUGCUUUUUUGGAAAUGGAAAUGAAAAUUCAGAUGCAACAAUUAGUUUCCAAGGAGAAUCUUACGUUGUCCCGGCUUGGUCUGUUACCAUUUUACCGGAUUGCAAAAAUGAGGCUUAUAACACCGCCAAGAUUACCACUCAGACUUCAAUGAUGGUUAAGAAACCAAAUGAAGCUGAGGAUACCCCUUCAACUCUGAAAUGGUCAUGGAGACCAGAGAACAUGGACAACUUCCUUUUGAAAGGAAAAGGAGAAUCUACACAGACACAACUAUUUGAUCAGAAAGUAGUCACCAAUGACCAAAGUGAUUAUCUAUGGUACAUGACUACCGUUAAGUUUAAAAAACGAGAUCCGCUUUUGGGUAAAACUAUGUCUCUUCGCGUCAACAGUACUGCUCAUGUCCUUCACGCUUUCGUCAAUGGAAAAAAUAUUGGUAAGUAA